GUAGUGUGACGACAUGAUUCAUACUUCCUGCUGUUGUCGGCCCUGAUUCAUGGGACCAUGGUUGACCGACUUGUUAACAGCGAGGCCAAUGCCAGGCGAAUUGCAAUGGUGGAGAACUGCUUCGGCAGUUCGGGACAGUCUCUGGCUGUACCAGGCAGAGUCCUGGUGGGAGAGGGUGUCCUGACUAAGAUGUGUAGAAAAAAGCCAAAGCCGCGGCAAUUUUUUCUCUUCAACGAUAUACUCGUUUAUGGCAACAUAAUGAUCAAUAAGAAAAAGUACAACAAGCAACACAUAAUACCACUGGAGGAAGUAAAGCUAGAAUCAUUGGCAGAUGACGCACAGUUUCGAAAUGGGUGGCUCAUUAAAACGGUAACAAAGUCGUUUGCUGUUUAUGCUGCUACCUGCACAGAGAAACAAGAGUGGAUGGCGCAUAUAACAAAAUGCAUUGAGGAUCUGCUCAGAAAAAGCGGCAAAAAACCUGUCGAAGUUCAUGCGGCUGUUUGGGUUCCUGACAACGAAGCCACCAUCUGUAUGCACUGCAACAAGACACAAUUCACCGUUUUGAACAGAAGGCAUCACUGUCGACAAUGCGGCGAAGUCGUUUGUGGUCCGUGUAGCAACAAAAAAAUGGUACUACCAGGACAAGCAAACGGUAAAGCGGUUCGCGUGUGCCUGCAGUGUUACGAUGCUGCGAGCAAAGUAAAAGCUACGGCGCCCCCGAUUACGGAUAUUCUCAAUAACACCGAUCAGCAGCGCAAUUCUGCCGAUAGUUCGGGUGGAGACAGCUCCGGGGACGACGAGGAAGGCAAUAAGGAAGAAAAUCAUGAUGAGCCAAAAUUCUACUCUACCCUGCCUCGAUGAAGCAGCCUUGAAAUCUCGACCAAACAACAAAAACAACAAUAAGACUAUUAAAUAUUAUACAAAGUAUUUUUGGAGAUGUACAACCCGCAUUCGAGCCUGUAUUUACGAUAACCACGGUCUCAGGAAGACAAUCUAUUUUUUUGUUUUUUCUUCUCAUCACGUAUAUACAACGAACGAUGAGGCCCUAACUCGACGUAAGUUUAACAAGUAAUUUUCAUAAAAACAUGCGUAGCCUUGAUAACGAAAUCCUUAAAAUUUUCACCACCCCCUGGAAACCGCCGACGUAACGGCCAAACUUACGAUCAAUUACCGAAAUUCUCAGAAAAAACAAAAUAGCAUUACAUAUUCUUGCUACAUUAUGUAAUACUGAAUUUUAUAUACGUAAUACUUGGUGGGACGAUUUUUUUGUAAUUUCUAAGCUGACAUGCCAGUUUGUGCCUUCUAUACGAAAAACAAACUUCAACAAUGUUUCCCUGCAACAUAUUUAAUCAAAAAAAUUCAUAUUUUUCGCUCUGAACGGUUUUCCGAAUUCUUUUUCUCUUCGAGUGAGCUCUCGAAAACUCUGAUACGGUAAUCUUACGAGGGAGUUUUGUAACGAACAUUUGUAUUUGUAAAUAAUUGAAUAAUCUUGUACCGCAGCGCGUUAACUCCGAGUUGUAUUGUCCAAAAUUUGAUAUGUCAAUUAUAAUUAAAAAUUGGAUUGUAAACUAAA